AGAGCAGACAAUGGGUAAAGGCGGGCCUUUAAGCGACGGCAUCAUGAAGAAGAUCCUUUUUUCAUACACCUACGUAGCAAUCUGGAUCUUCCUCAGCUUCACCGUCAUCGUCUACAACAAGUACAUCCUCGACAAGAAGAUGUACAAUUGGCCUUUCCCAAUUUCCCUAACGAUGAUCCACAUGUCCUUUUGUGCUUCCCUCGCUUUCAUCCUCAUCAAAGUCUUGAACGUCGUCGACCCCGUUUCGAUGUCCCGAGAGCUUUACCUUUCUUCGGUUGUUCCCAUCGGUGCUCUUUACUCCCUCAGCCUCUGGCUCUCGAAUUCCGCCUACAUUUACUUGUCCGUCUCGUUUAUCCAGAUGCUUAAAGCAUUGAUGCCCGUCGCCGUGUAUUCCAUCGGCGUUCUGUUUAAAAAAGAAGGGUUCAAGACGGAUACCAUGGUCAACAUGUUGUCGAUCUCAUUCGGGGUCGCCAUUGCGGCUUACGGCGAAGCUAAGUUCGAUACAUGGGGUGUGAUUUUGCAGCUGGGAGCUGUUGCUUUCGAGGCUACCAGGUUGGUUAUGAUCCAAAUCCUGCUUGCUUCUAAAGGGAUCACCUUGAAUCCGAUUACUUCCCUGUAUUAUGUUGCCCCCUGCUGUUUGGUUUUCUUGAUGGUUCCAUGGAUUUUCGUUGAGUACCCAGUUUUGAAAGAGACUUCAAGCUUCCAUUUCGAUUUCGUCAUUUUCGGGAUCAAUUCGCUCUGUGCUUUUGCUCUGAAUCUUGCUGUAUUCUUACUCGUAGGAAAGACUUCUGCUUUGACAAUGAAUGUAGCUUGUGUUGUUAAGGACUGGUUGUUGAUUGCAUUCUCUUGGUCGGUUAUCAAGGAUACCGUGACACCCAUCAACUUGUUUGGGUAUGGACUGGCUUUUUUGGGUGUUGCUUACUAUAAUCAUUCAAAGUUACAAGCUUUGAAGGCUAAGGAAGCACAAAAGAAGGCUGCUCAAGCUGAUGAGGAAGCUGGGAGAUUGUUGGAGGAAAGGGAAAGUGAAGGAUUCGGCAAGAAGAGUGAAUCUCAAGAUUAGAUCAAUCCUGGUCCAUAUUAUGAUAUCAAAUAUGGGAACAAAAAAGGGGUUGCAUUCAAGGGCAAAAGGCAAAUAUGAGAGGACAAUGCAUUUGGGUUUUGGUAUGCUGUUUUUGGGUCUUCAUUUCAUUAAAGCUAGUUAUGUUUCUUACUGCAUUGAUUGGUGUUAUGUUAAUGGAAGAAGAAGUAGUAGUAGUAGUAGUAGAAGAAGAAAUCUGAAAUGCCUUUUGUGAUUUGGACAAAAUGUUUCUGUAGGUACUACACAUUUCAUUCAUGGAG